GAUAAGGGGGUUGAAAACCGGGAAGGCCGAGGAGAGCCCCCCAAUCCCGCGCCGAGGCGGCGGCGGCGACGGCGGCGCGACGAUGAGGAUGAUGAAUACAUUGCAAAGUUUUUUUGGCCCCGGCGAGGGGUGUCAGAUUGAGUGCUCUGUGCGCAUGUGCGAAGGUGUCCAAACUGACAAUGCUGCGGAGAUGAAGAUAGUGUGUAGCCGCUUCUGGACUCGAGGAGGAGGAGAGAGAUUCCGCGAGCCGGCACCAUGCGAUCCAAGGCGAGGGCGAGGAAGCUGGCCAAAAGUGACGGCGACAUUGUAAAUAACAUGCACGAGCCUGACCCAGACCUGCUGGCUGGCGAGAGCGCGGAGUACGAGACCGAGGACAGCGUCGUGUCCCCCACCCCCAUGGGGCCGCCGUCCCCCUUCCCCACCAGCGAGGACUUCACCCCCAAGGAGGGCUCGCCGUACGAGGCCCCCGUCUACAUUCCUGAGGACAUUCCCAUCCCGCCAGACUUUGAGCUCCGAGAGUCCUCUAUCCCAGGGGCCGGCCUGGGGGUCUGGGCCAAGAAGAGGAUGGAAAUCGGGGAGAGGUUUGGCCCGUACAUGGUGGCACCGCGGGCCACGUUGAAGGAGGCCGACUUUGGAUGGGAGCAAAUGCUGACGGAUACGGAGGUGUCGUCCCAGGAGGUCUGCAUCCAAAAGGUAGGAGACCUGGUUCCGUGCCUUCUCCCUCGCCGUGGCCCGCGUGCGAUCCUGAGCCCAUUUGCGCGUAGCCAGGUCCACAGUGGGAGCAAUGCCUUGUCCGGGCGGAGCGCGUGCACAGGGCGGUGACGCCGACGACAUUAGGGCGGAUGCUUGUUUUCAUCUUGUGAGCAGGUGGGGGGCACUGAACCAUCCUGACUCCUGAGACCCGGGAGAGCCCGCGCCCAUGGGAACACUCAGGCCACGCGGACGCGGGAAAUUAAAUAAACGCGGGUCAUGUUUGUUUAACCGUCUUCACUGGAUACUCCUGUGAAAAGAAUACAAUACGGAGAGGGGAAAAUCCCCACAAUUGGCUGAAAAUCCAACAAAGCCUUUGCUGUGCUCAGCCUCCAGAGAGGGCUCGUUCGGGCUGGGCGCUAAAUGAGCAGCCCGUGAGGUGAGAGAGUGUCAGCGUGGGCGCGGCCGCC